AUGGAGGAUGAGAAAGCAAGGUCUAAAGCAAUCAAACUGUACCUAGAUUCACAAAAUCUGAAAAUCAGCUGUUACUUAUAUAAUGUAGAGGAGAAGAGUAGUUUGGAAACAAGAAAGAAGUUUCUACUGAUGUAUAACUCAGCAGGACUUGCUCCCAUCAUUGAGAUCUUCAAUAGCACCUAUUCUCAGAUCUUCUACUUCAAAAUGAAAUUGCAAACUGAAGAUAAUGCAAGUACUUGGAACAUUGAUAUCCCCAGAGCAAACAUUACAUAUAGUACUGACAUUGCUCCAAUAGAGGAAUGGUUUGUAAAAUUCAGAAUGCAUCAUGGAUUAAAUAUGUUUACCACUGAAGGAACGUUACUGGAUAUUCUCAGAGAACCAAUUCUUCAAUGGGAACUUGGUGAAAAAAUAUCCCCUGAACACCUUGAUGCUGUGAUACCUCACGUAAUAAAUAUCAGAUUGGCAGUUUCUCCUUGUGCUAAUGAUGUGGCAGUUAUUGCUCUCAUCUGUAAUGCUACAGCUCAAGGUGUGUAUGUAGGUGUUACCGACUCUGGAUUUGCAUAUGACAAAACAAAGUGGUUCAAUAUGACGAACAGCCUGUGUCCCGAACAGGAGGAUGUCUGUGAUGGCCUGUCUCUUCUGAAUAUAAUCUUAACAAAUCACCAUUUAGUAGCCCUCACAACAAUGGGCUUAUAUAUCAGUGAAGAUCUAUGCCAUCCUACUGGAAAAAUCCUAAAAUUCAGUAACGUGACCUUUUGUGGCUUUGAAAUGAAAAAGGCGAUGGUUGCUGUUUACAAGAUAAGAAAUCGCAAACUGCAAAAGAAUACAAAGUUUCCAAUGUUUGAAUUUCCAAACACUAAUUUUGUGCCAUAUGGAAUGUUUUUCCACCCAGAGACACAUUUUCUGUAUGUUUAUGGAAAUGAGGUGUGGUUGUCCAGUGAUGGAGGCAAUUCUUUUCAAUUAUUAAUCAGUCUGGAAAAUGAAAAAAUUGUAAAAACAAACACAUGUGUGUACACUCAUUCAGUUGUAUUUGUGAGUGAUAAGGGAAGCAUUUUCUUCAGUAAGGCAGGUAAAAAUGGAUUUAGAAUCACUGAUGUGGAAAAGACAGUGCUGAUUCCAGGGAGCAGCAGCUUCCUAAUCACGGCCAUUCUGGACAAUCAGACUGCAAUAGCGGAGCCCACCAUGCCUGACAAGGUGCCUUUCAACAUAAGCUUUCCAUCCAAGCAAUGGUUCAUGCAUAACUUUGGUACUGCAAAUGGAAAGAAAUGGGACCUGAAGUUAGACACAUGCAGAUAUUCAAUACAAGAGUAUAAUCAUAUAGCAAAGAAUGUCAUUAAAUACUUGGAUCUGGACACAACUUACAAUUUCACAUUCAGGGUAACCCCUCAAUAUACAGCUUAUCCAAUGUUCCAAAUGCGACUGAUAAACCUUGUCAUUGGCAAUCCAUCACUACUGGAAGUGACUACAAAAGAGUAUUGGGAUGAAAUUGAUAGUUACAUACUGGAAUUCUCUGUUAACAACAAAUUUUACAAGCAAGGUAAAUCUUCAAUAGCUGUGAUUAUCCCGGAAGCAUCAUGUAUUUGUGAAACAUCAGCAUUUAUUAUAACACUGAAGACUGGCUGCUUAUAUGGGAAAACAAUUCAUUACAUUUCUCCAGUUCCAAUAACUGCUGAUCUGUGGCUACAGAAAGCUCCAAGAGAUGAAAACGGUUUUCUUAUCCUAAAAGAACUGCCGGUAAACUACAGACCUCCAUCUAUGCAUGGAAUAGCUAUUCCACUCAGUGAUAACUUCUAUAAUGCAGAUCCCAGCAAACCAAGAAUGAGAAACUAUUUCAAUACUUCAAAAGUUUCUGGAUUCUACAAGAAGUGUGCUAACAAGUCGUCUAGAGCUGAAUGCAACUGUACCUUGGCUGAGAAAAUGUCUUCACUUGCAGCUUUCUCAGACUGUACAGAUAAGGGAUCUGAGCUUUUCCACUUCAAGGUAUCAACUGUUCCUGGAGUUUCCCAGUGUAACUUAUCGGAUGAAUUUCAGAUUUAUGUUGAUGAUGCUCCUCUGGCCUUUCCAGGACAAUAUCUUAUUAGUGCAUUAACAGCUUUGUUAAUAGGGAGCAUUAUCUUUGUGGCAUUUCUUGUACAACUAUAUGAUAUAAACAUAUGUGAUGAACUGAAACAUAAAUUUGGACGAUUCAACAAAGUAUCACCAUCACAAACUUCAAAUACUGCAACUGCUACUUCUGCCUAG